AAAUAAACCUGUCCGAAAGUCGACAAAAUCCAAAUUGCAUGCCCAAGUCAUUGUUCCUCAAAGGACUGGAACAACCAAGCAGCCGAGUAAAAGGGACAUUUCAGAGCACAACGCGCAACCAACAACCUUGCAGGGGGGUGGUUGGUAGUACAAGGCCUUAGAGAUUUGUUUCUUUUAUUUUUCCCACUUUUUUGAAACACACAUGUGUGUGUAGCAACAAGUCGCAUAAAAAGGCGGUCACCCAAAACAGAUUGAUGUUAUUCUCCCAGUUAUUGUUGAAGCGGCAAGUACUAACCCAAACAUCGUCAUGCGUUUUUUUAGCAGCUUAACAAUGCUCUUCGUUGGAGCAUUGGUGAUGGCCACCAAUCUGAGUGAAGUUGACGCCUUUGGCGUCCGCAAAAGUAACACAAUGCCAGGAGAAGAAGAACAACAUUCUGAGAUGUCUGCGUCUGAAAGCGUAGCAGCUCCGCUGGUGAAGAAUCGGGGUAAAGUUAAAUUCUCAAUGCCAAAGUCGAUAAUGAUUGCCGCUGCUGCACAAGCUAACAAUAAUCCGGUUCCGAGAACUCGAUUGAAUCGUGUCAGAACGACCGAAGCCCCCGUCAAUUCAAUUUCAAGAGAUUCGGCUGAAAAAGAUUUCUCGCUGGAAGACCAGAAAGUGAAAACGACAACUUCGAAAGUCAUCUGGUGGACUUCAUCGACGCCCAGUCCGAUUAUUUCCAGCGAUUCCAAGGAGCAAGACGACACUGUAUCCUCGGAGAAGAUGACACUGCCCAUCAAGUCGGAUCGCGUACUGCCGGUUAAUCGAUUUAAUCGUUUCCGUACGACCCCGGCCCCGACUCCAGUAGUUACCAGAGAUUCGAUUGAACAAGUCAAGGACGACGGAUUUGUUCCGGCGGUUGGCAGGGCGGUGAACAAACCAGCGAUGCCUAAAAGUCGUUUCAACCGCGUCCGGACCACAGCAGCCCCUCAAUUGAUCUCGAGAGAUUCGCUGGAACUCAACGAUGUUUCCUUGGAAGUCGUUCGAGUCAAUCCCACGGCAUCACCUGCGUUGAAUCGAGGUAGAACUGCGUCCAGGGGACGCCAAAUAAUGAAUCGAUUGAACCGCACCCAAACGCCGGUGGAAACUACAACAACAACCCGCAAUUUCAUUCUUGUCGAUUCUAAAGAAGUCGAUUUAUCCUUUGAAGAUGUAGCUAUCUUGCCCACAACCACACAGGCUCCAGCCGGAAUCGAAACGACGACCAUUGGUGAUGAAGUCACUACAUCGUCCAUUUUUAUCAUCUCCAAACAAUCUGACGAGAGAAUCGAUUUAUCAACGGAACUUGACGAUAUGCUGACAACAGUCGCCAUCCAGGGAACUACCACGGUCGAGUCGGAAGAACUCACCGGUACGACUGUUAUCCUGGCCAAGCAAUCUAACGAAUGGGAUGACCUAGAUGACAUUCUCCUUCUUCCAACGACAACAGCAACUGCCACAACAACACCAGCACCGACUACGCCAGAAAUGGCCGCAACAACUCUAGAACCAACUACAACAGAAGCUGUUACAACAACAACUACAACUACAACUACUACAGCCGCACCGGUAGUCACCCGACCUCAAUCCAGAGGAAGAGGUAAAUUCCAGCAAGCGAACAUCUCUACCCCUAAUCAAAUUUCUAGAGUGAAUCGCAUCCGCACAACCAUGGCGCCCAAGAUUUCCGGAGAUUCCGACGAGCAAAAGGAUUCGAUUAUCAUGGCAGUUUUGACUACCAGCGCUCCAGUCUCAAAAAGUCGAUUCAGUCGAGUGAGAGCGUCAACAGUUCGUCCUGCAGUAACCGAAGAUGCUCAGAAAGAAGCGCCAGCGGCAGCAGCAACGACAACUACCCGCAGUCCCUUAUUGGGAAAUCGUUUCAGCCGUUUCAGGGCGUCGACGACGACCACAACUGCCGUUCCAACAACCACCAAAGCCGUUGAAAGGGAAGACUCUGCCCCGAGGAAAUCCCAGCAAAAGAAAAGUCGAUUUGGCAAUAAUGCCAGACCGGGCGUAGUCCGCGUCUCCGUAGAUUCCGGCGAAAAGGACACCAUUCUCAUUGGUGAAGUUAUGAAAGUGAACAAGGCCAAUAAUGUCGUCCUUGUCGCAAUCGACUCAUCGGACGAAAUUUCACAUGUGACGAAGGCGAUUCCGGCAGCUGUUCGCAAUCCGGUGGCGGCGUCCAGGAGGAAUCCAAUGGUUCGCGGCAGAAUGACGACAGCCCGGCCGAUUGUAUCCAGACACUCUGGAGAAGAAAACGUGUCCCUGGAAGACUUAGUGUUCAAGAUCAAUCCAUCAGCCGAGCAAAUGAAGAUCAACAGUCCAUCCGAUGCGGCGAUUGUUGCACCAGUCCACUCUGACGAACUGGUCAUCGUUCCUGUGCCAGGAGGCUCAUUGUUGGUGGAUGUCAGCGACGAAAUGUCAUCCGCAACAACUUUAGAUCCCAUCUCCAUCGAGUCUGCCGAAAAAGAUGACCUCACUAUGGUUGUGGAUUCUGCUGGAUCGCCAGUUGCAGUCGUGGUCGACUUGCCUGACAUUAGUGAUGAAAUCAUCCCCGCUGUAGUCGUCCCCAUGACGACCACCGUCAAUCCCAUUUCCAGGGAGUCUGAAGAGCUUCCAGUAGUUCAAACGAGGACCAGGAAGGUCGUUAAUCGAGGCCGGCUGAAUCGAAAACCCAUUUCCCAAAUUUGAACAACCAAAACCGGCAGCCCGACCAUAGUCAAAAACGAUGACGAUACGUUUCCUAGACCCCCUUAUCAAAAUCUAGCAUAAACCUGUCGAGUGUGUGUAAUUGAACAUUUCCCAUUUAGUAUCCAUAUGUAUUUGUUUAUAUACGGAUCUGAGAAAUCUUGUCGCUAUUACAAGUACUCCAAUUAAAACCAAAAAGUCAGUCCGUCUAGAUUACCGUAGUAUUCCCUUAUGUUCGUUUCUGCUGGACUCUUAUCUUUCUCUCUCUCUCGUUUAGUGAAAGUAAUUUAGUUUAUUUAAUGUGGAAAUAGCGCAUUGACGAUUGAAUAAUUAAUAUUUCUUGUCUCUUUCUCAACGCGCGUAGCCAAUUGACGAUACACACAAUGUCUGCGA